UCGUGCUAAUUAAUUAACUAAGUUUAGUGACCAUGUUGUCAUCUCUUUUCUCUUUGUUUUGUAUCUUUAUUGCCUUAGCUAACCCUUUAGAGGGAGCAUUGUGGCUAGAAGAGUGUGAAACUAAAGAUAUUGAGGCAAAGGCUAAUGUUUCGAUUAAUGGUUCCUCAUAUGUUGUCUACUUCUGUGAUAGAACUGAAUCUUUUGACUGUGCAAAUCAAUCGGUGUGUCUGAAUGACACUGCUGGCAGUGUGAUUAGGUUUGGUCCUAUACAAGUGAAUGAGUCAAAUAGCACGCUUUUAAAGUUCAGUGAUAGUAACAGAACUGCUAUAAUUACAUUAAACUGUUCACCAUCAACACCGAGUAAUUUUACAGUAACAGGGAAUCCAACCUUGAAUAACCUGACUUUAUCUCUUAAUGGAAAGGAUGCCUGUUUGUCUAGUAGCAGUUCUAACACGAGUUCAAUCACAAUUACUCCUUCUUCAACUGUUUCUAUGGCUCCCAAUAGUACUAGUCCUACUAUCAACAGUACUAUCAGUAUUACGCCUACAACUAGUACAAAUUCCACUGCCAAUGUUACAUCAAUGACGACUACAAUGUCUACUGCAAAUGUUACAUCAAUGAUGAGUACAAUGUCUAUGAAUUCAUCAACAGUUACUACUGAGCCAAGCUCUAGUUUCAUGUGGUCUUCUGUGCCGGUCUUUUCUUCACUAACAACUUCAUCAAGCAUAUCCACUCCUGGUGAGCUCUCUACUUCCAUUUUCACCGAGUCUUUCUCGCCCUUUACCUUGCCGUCAUCAACCCCGUCCAUUGAAACAACUUCAACAACAAUGGAGAGUUUAUCGAUCACAUCAACCAUGGAAAGUCAUGCUUCCUUCACUCCAGCCACUACCACUUCGUCUUUGCCCACGUCAACACCAGCCCCCUCACCCUCACUCUCUGCUACUGACAAGGUCCUCAUCACUGCUUUCGUGUCGAUACCCUGCACUGCACUCAUCACUGUCCUCAUUAUGCUCCUCUUCUGCUACUGCUGCAAGAAGAAAGGUCGUAGUAGGAGCACGUAUGUAAGAUUGGCUCCUACGGUCUUCUUUGAUGAUGAAGACAGCUAAACUGUUAUACUCUGUACAUGUUUAGUAUUUUAUAGAGUGAUUUCGUACUUGAUUAUAUAACUGGUGUUGUGGUGGGUCUGUGAUUCAGUCAGUGUCCUUGCAUUAAAGAAUCACAUUAUUAUUAUUAUUAUUAUUAUUAUUAUUAUUAUUAAUAUUAUUACAACAUAAGUCUAUGUAUGCAUGUAUAUACAAGACUUGUACAUUGCACACACACUCGCACACACGCAUAAUUUUUAAAUGUUUUAUUAUUAUUAUUAUUAUUAUUGUUCUUUGUCGCUGCUUUGUGAUAAAAGUUGA